CAACCUGUCAUGAAACUCUAUAAAAUUGACCUCGGACGCGUUGUUGCUAUGACGAGGCAGCAUCGGAGCUGAGAAGAUGUCGGAAAAACUCCGCACUCGAAGCAGACAGUCAUCUCGUCCUUCGUCUGCUUCAAGCACACUGACCAGCGAAUCCGAAAAACUCGAAAUAACCUUAGCGUACAAUGAGAAAAAUUACAGGUUAAGGCUCCCAGGAAACGCGGACUCGAAGACGAUUAGUGGCAUUAUCAAACGCAAGACGGGAGUUAAGGGUGCUUUUUAUAUUCAUUACGGUGAUGGUGACGACAAUUAUAACUACUUGCACUCGUCAAGUCUAACAAGCGCUAAUAUUUGCCGACUCGCCGGUUUGCCUCUUGAGAUACGAGGAGGAAAUUGGAUAAAUAAAGGUGGUGAUGCUAUCUGGUAUUACUUCAGCCAAACCCCCAAACCUGAUGUGAUCAAGAAAUUCAAAGAACUUCAACACAAGCCGCGUGACCUGCCGCCAUAACUAAAGCUUGGUUCCCAUAUAGGCGUAACAGUCGUAAUGAUCGUGAAUCCUCACGACCCUUACGACUGUAUGAAAAGACUCGAUAGGACGACCCUUACGACAGAUACAACCGAAGCGACGAGUCGUUUCAAGGUCGUCAGAGUUAGAACCAGACCAAGGCUAGCGAGGGUUUUUUUUUUGCAGAUGACUGUUACACGACCCUUACAACUGUUACGACUAAAUGGGAACAAGGCUUAUAAGAUCUUUGAUCCACCAUCUGUGCAGGACUGGCAGCCAAUCAGUCCACUAUGGCCUUGUGUGUUAGCCAAUCAUCAAUCAGAGACUGUGCUUGCUUAUCCAAGCCAAUCAUCAAUCAGAGACUGUGCUUGCUUAUCCAAGUUAUCUGCCAAUCAGUAACAAUAAGCCAAUCAAACACUGUGUUGACUUAUCAGGUACCUGUGUUUGCUAAUAAGCAAAUUAGACACUGGACUUGCUGUAAGGCUAUUCAGGUACUGUGUUUGCUAAUAAACAAAUAAAGCACUGGACUUGC